AUGGAAUCUUGUAAGAAGCCGAAUGAGACAGAAAUGAGAACACCAGUUCCAGAGAACGGGAACCAAGUACUAACUUUCUCCACCCUCUUUAUCGUCCUAGCAACCGCCAUGGUCCCAGCUAUGAUCGGAUUCGCCAAGGCCGUGCAAGACGGAGAAACCGGCUUUACGUCCGACGCCGACUUCAGUAUUGUCAUCCGUGACACUAUUAUGACGGUUCUUGCCGCGGCGCUCUCAGCAGUUCAGUUGUUCAGAUCGCCGCGCAAAGAUAGCGCAUACAAAAUGGCCUGGGUAUUCUCGGGUCUAGCCAUUUCCCUAGGCGUUACAGCAAUCAUUUUGUAUUCGCUUGUCAACAAGGCCUACAGUUCGCUUUGUGGAUUUUUUGCAGUUCUUUUCUGUUGCGUCAUUGGCGAUUUUGGCUUUGGAUGGAGGGAAGGGAGCGCCUCAUAG